AUGAUUGAAUUAUUUGAAAAUUUAUCUCAAAGUUGGUUAUUAAUAUUAAUUUCAUCAAGUUUAUGUAUAUUAGGUACAUUAAUAAUAUUAAUUGAUGAUAUUUAUUAUUUUUGUUUACCUAAAUUUAUUACAUCAAAAUUUAAAAUUCAAAUUAAACAAAAUUAUAAAUUUUUAAAUGGUUCAUUAGCUUUUAGUUCUGGUUGUUUAAUUUUCACUUCUUUAUAUCGUUUAUUACCAAGUGCUAAUGAAUAUUUAUCCAAUAACAAUAACAACAACAAACAUAAUAGCACUAUUAUAGAAUUCAAAAAUCAACAACAACAACAACCAGAACAACAACCAGAACAACAACCAGAUAUUGUGAAUCAUCAAUGGAAUCAAUUCAUAUUAAUAUUUUCAUAUAUAAUAGGAAUAUUAAUUUGUUUAACUUUUAAUUAUAUAUUACAUUUAUUAACUAGUGAAAGUGUUGUUCAUUGUAAUCAUGGAGGUGAUGUUAAUACUGCUCCUACUACUGAAAAUCUUGACAUUAAUGGUGAUCUUGAAAAUCAGAUUGGACAUGACUAUCAUCAUCAUCAUCAUCAUCAUGAGGAUACAUUGAUUAAUGAUGGUUAUAAUGGAUUAGAAAGAACUAUAACAGGAGAGACUAACAAUAAUAAUAAUAAUAAUAAUGUGACUGAAACUACUCCAUUAAUUAAUAAUAACAAAACUAAAACUAAAACUAAAACCAAAAUUACUAAAAAAAGAAAAUCAAUAAUUGAAUUAAUUUUAAAACAUGAUGAUAUUGAAGAUGGAUUAGGUGGUGAAUGUAAAGGUUAUUCAUCAGCAGAAUUAUGUACUUUCCAUAACAAUAAUAAUAAUAUUAAUAAUCAUCAUCAUCAUCAUCAUCAUUUAAUUCUGAAUAAAUUAAAUAAUAAUGAAUGUGAUAGUAAUAUUAGUAAUGAAUGUUGUGAUAAUUAUUCCGAAGAGCAUGAGGAAGAUGAAGAUGAAGAGAGUGAUGAUAAUAAUAAUUGUGAUCAUUCAAUUCAUCAAAUUCAACAAUUACAUUAUUGUGAAAUUCCAACUUUAUCUCAAGAAUUAAUUGAACAUAAUAAUAAUAAUAAUAAUGUCAAUGUCAAUACUUGUUUAUAUCCACCAAUACUACAAGAAUCAUCAAAAAAUGAUAUUGAUGAUUCACCAAAUACCAUUAAUGAAUAUAAUGGUGGUAGUAAUUACAACAACAACAACAACAACAAUGGUAAUGAUGAUGAUAUUGAUAUUGAUAUUGAUAUUGAUCCAUUAUAUUCAAUUCAUUCAAAAUCAUCACAUAGUCUUCAUUCUCAUACUCAUAGCCAUAGCCAUAGCCAUAGUCAUAGUCAUAGUCAUAGUAAAUCUCAUGAAUCUCAUAAAAUUGAUCAUCAUCAUCAUAUAAAUUCACCAUUUUCUCGAUUAUUAACUAUAAGUAUUCAAACUACAUUAGCUAUAACAUUACAUAAAUUACCUGAAGGUUUUAUAACUUUUAUAACAACAGAAACAAAUCCUCAAUUAGGUUUAUCAAUAUUUAUAAGUUUAUUAAUUCAUAAUUUUACUGAAGGAUUUUCAAUAUGUUUACCAUUAUAUUAUUCAAUGAAUAAUUCAAUUAAAUUUCCAAAAUUAAAAUCAAUUUUAAUAAGUUCAAUUUUAGGUGGAUUAUCUCAACCAUUAGGAGCUAUAUUAGGUUAUUUAUUCUUAUUACAUAACAACAAUAACCAUAACCAUAGGAAUGAUGGUGAUGUUGAUAUUGAUAUUGAUAAAUUGAAUCGAAUAUUUGGUAUUACUAUGGCUAUAACUAGUGGAUUUUUAACAGUUAUUUCAUUAUCUAUGUAUGGUAGUAGUGUAUCAUUUGGUGGGAAUAUUAAUUUUGUAAUGACUUGGUGUAUAAUUGGUAUUAGUGUUAUUGGAAUAACAUCAAUUUUAACAUGA